AUGAGUAAAGUGCCGACCAGCCGUUUACCAGUAACACCAAAACCUGCAAAUACUGCAAAAUCUGGUCUUCGUCCUCCUCAACAACCAUCGACAACUGUAAUAUCAUCACAACAAGCAAGUCCAACUGGAGGAGAUUCAUCAAAUAGUCAAUAUACUGUUGGUGAUCGAAUUACGACAAAUGGUAAACCAGGAACCAUAGCAUUUAUUGGUCCAACUAAAUUUGCUGAUGGUGAAUGGAUCGGAAUUAUUCUUGAUGAUGUUCAAGGCAAGAAUGACGGCUCAUACGAAGGAACUCGCUAUUUUGAAACUGAAGUCAAUCGCGGUUUAUUCUGUCGAUCAACUAAAAUACAACGUCUUACUCCAAAUGGUGCUAAUAGUAGUAAUGAUAUACCUGCUCCAGUAAAAGCUCAAAAAACUCCAUCCAAUAAUACUUCAACGUCUAAUUUAGAUAAAGGAGAAGAUGCUGAUACAACAUUAAUAAAUACAACAUUAGCAGCUGAUACUAGUACCAAUACUAACGAUCAAACUAUAUUAGCUGAACCACCACCACCGCCACCAGUAGCAUCGUCUCCAGAACUUCGCGUCGGUGAUCGAGUCGUUGUUAGUGGAAGUAAAUUCGGUGUCCUGAAAUAUCUUGGUAAAAUUCAUGUUGCUGAAGGUGUUUGGUGUGGUAUUCAACUUGAUGAAGCAAUGGGUAAAAAUGAUGGUAGUGUUAGUGGAAAACGCUAUUUUACAUGUCAACAACGUUAUGGACUUUUUUCACCAUUGGCGCGUGUUGAAAAAGUAGCCAGUGAAAUGACACAAUCUCAAAUUAAUUUACGGAAAGCCUCCGUAUCUUCAAGUACGAAUAAUAAUCGUCAAUUACAACGCUCAACAAGUCAAGAAUCGCUUCAUUCUAAUCUAUCUGAAUUUUCGACAUCAUCCAAUAGUAUUAGUCGUAUACCAACGCGUACACCAGCUAAAUCUCAACAACAAAAAUUACCAACAAAUUCAAAUAUUUAUACCACACCCAAUACAAAAUCGUUAUUAACACAAGCAGCUGCCACGCUAGCUGCCGUAACACCAUCGUCAAAUCAAAUGUCAAGUUUAGUACAAACAAUAAAAGAAAAAGAUAUAUUCAUUGAGAAAUUGCAAUCACAACGUGAACAAGAUCGUUUAGAAUUUUCUCGUGCAGCACAACAAGUGGAUGAAAUGGAAAGUCGUUUAUUGGCAUUUAAACAACAAUAUGAUGUUAAAAUAGUAGAAAAUGAAGAAUUAAAAAAAGAGCAAUAUCAAAUCAAUCGACAUGUAGAAGAUUUAGAGUUUCAAUUAGAAGAAUAUAAAUUAAACGAUGUUAAUAAAGAUAAUUCAACGACAUCAGCAAUACCUGAAGGUUAUCGUUUAUUAUCACCCAAUGAUAAUGAUAUUUAUGAAAAAAUUAAAGAAAAACAUGUUGAACUUGAAGCAACGAAUCAAAAAUUAAUUCUUGAAAAGCAAACUCUACUCGAUGAACAUCGUCAAGAAUUAAAACGACAACAGGAAUCAUCGGAAAAUGAUUAUAAAACUCGUCUAAAUGAAUUGGAAAAAAAAUAUUAUAAUGAUUUAACAAUUAGUCAAACAAAUAAUACGGAAACAAUCGUAGCUGAAUAUGAAUUAAAAUUAAAUAAUAAAGAUAAACAAUUUCAUGAUUUAACUGAACAACUUAAAAAGCAAAUAAUCGAUCUACAAAAUCAAGGUAUUGCAUCGUCUGAAAAAGAAACUCUCUAUGAACAACAACUCAAAGAGCAACAAGCAAAAAUUGAACAAUCUAUCAACGAAAUACAAGAGAUUCAAUCUCAACUAUCAACAUUACAGCAAGAAAAAGAAUUAAAUGCAAAGCAAACAAAUAAUUUACUUGUUGAACUGAAAAACUAUCAGGAAAAUAUUAUUCCUGAUUUAGAAAAACAAAAUCAAAAACUACUAGCUGACUUGGAAAAUCGAGUUCAAGCAACCAACUCGACACUUAGUGAGCGUGAAUCUGAAUAUGAACAACGAAUGAAACAGUAUCAAUCAAAUAUCGAUGAAGUAAAUCGUGAAUCAGAACAACUUUGUCUCGAAUUAAAACAAAUUCAAGAAGAAAAUAGGUCAAAAGAGAAACAAGCCAAUGACUUAAUCAAUACAUUAAAACAAGAAUAUGAAAAGAAAUGUGAACAACUUCAGCAUGAAUCAUCUGAACGAGAACAAAAAGCCAAUACAACUCUCAACGAACGUGAAUCACAUUAUAAACAACAAAUAAAAGACUAUCAAGCUAAACUCGAACAAUCAACGCAUGAAAUACAAGAAGAAAAAACGUCCAAUGAGAAAAAAUUCCACGAUACUAUCAAUACAUUAAAACAAGAUUAUGAACGGCAAUAUGAAAUUCUUAAAACUGAAUUAACAGAAUUACAAGAUCGAGAUCGUACUCAAAAUAUGGCAUUAAAUGAAAGAGAAAGUCAUUAUGAAGUACAAAUCAAAGAAUAUCAAACUAAGCGUGACCAAGCUAUUCGUGAAUCACAAGAUCUUCGAACUGAAUUAACUAAACUACACGAUUUGGAACAACAAAUUGAAUCUUAUAAAAUACAAAUAAUCGAAUUAGAAAAUCAAAAUCGCACAAAAACAAAUGAAUUUAUUGAGAAAAAUGAACAAAUACAAAAAUUGAGUGAACAAAAUCAAGAGUUACAUCAACAAAUCGAACAAAUUCAGCAAGAAACUGAACGUAAAAUAAAUCAAUUAAAACAAGAAUUCGAUGAAAAAUAUCAAACCAAUGCAGAAACACAAAGUGAAUUUGUUCAACGUACUGAAAAUUUACAAGCAAUCAAUGAAACAUUGAAAACAGAUUUUGAAGAUUUACAAAAUAAACAUCAUCACCUUCAAAAUGAAUAUCAAAAAUAUUUGGCAUCCAAUGAACAAUUGAAAAACACGAACGAUAAUGUGGUUAAUGAAAAACAAGCAUUGAUCGAUCAAUUAACCAAACAAAUCAAUGAUCUUCAACAAACUCAAGUUGAAAUUAUUGAAAAACAAAUUAGUCAACAUACAGAUUUUGAACGUCGCCGUUCAGAAGAUAGACAAAAUGUUGAGAAACUAUUAAAAGAAAAAAUUGAUGAAUAUGAAUUCAAAAUACAAUCAAUGAAAAGUGAAUUUCUUCUUGAAACUGAAAAUAGUAAUCUUGAACAUGAACAAGAAAAACUUCGGUUAAAAAAUCAACUUCAACAAGCACAUCAAAGUUUGGAAAAUAAAGCCACGUCAGGCUCAACUACUAAUGUCAAACAAAUUGAAUACGAAUUAACUGAAGCACAAUAUCAGAUAGAAAAAUUAAAAAAACAAAUCGAUGUCAAUGCAAAUAAAGAUGAUCGAGCAACAUUAGAAAGUCAAAUCAAUUUUCUCAAUGAUGUUAUCGUCGAGUUACGUAAUACCAAUGAACAUUUGGCAAAAGAAAUUGAAUUUCUAAAAAAUCCAUUUGUUGAUGAUAAUGGAUUGCCUGAAUCUACUGCUACUACAACAAAAACAUCUGCUCCUCGACUUUACUGUGACAUGUGUGAAAUAUUCGAUGAACAUGAUACUGAUGAUUGUCCAAAACAAAAUUCAAUGAUUGACGAUCAUCAUUCACAUGAACGAGUCAUACCUCCAGCAAGACUGUAUUGCGAAAAAUGUGAAGAAUUCGGUCAUGAUUGUAAUGAAGUCGAUGAAACAUAUUAA